UCUCAGGACCUGUAGUUGGGUUGGGAGUCACUGUUUUGUGUUGAUUUUAGUGAUCACAACACUUGCCAUAAGCUGUGGAAUCAUGUCUGACAAAAGUGAGCUGAAAGCAGAGCUUGAAAGGAAGAAGCAACGGUUGGCACAAAUCCGAGAGGAGAAAAGAAGGAAGGAGGAGGAGCGCAAGAAGGCUGACCUUCAGCUGAAAGAAACUGCACUGCAGCAGGAUGACUCCGACCUGGAGAAAAAAAGACGGGAAGCAGAGGCUCUUUUGCAGAGUGUGGGCAUAAUCACAGAUGUUUCAGCUGUCCCUCCUCCGACAUCUCCUACUGCUAAAUCGGCUGAGACGCCAAGUGAAGCAGGAAGCCAGGACUCUGAUGGAGCCGCAGGACCCAGGACUCUGCAUUGGGACUCUGACCCAUCCACUCUUCAGCUUCACUCUGAUUCUGAGCUGGGGCGUGUAACUCCAAAGCUGGGAAUGGCCAAAGUCACGCAAGUGGACUUCCCACCACGUGAAAUUGUGUCCUACACAAAAGAGACCCAGACACCCGUCUUGACCCAGACAAAAGAAGAGGAAGAAGAGGAGGAAGAAAUUCCUCCAGCUCAACCAGUAGUCGAAGCUCCAACUGAGAAAUUGGACCAGAAAGAGGAAGAGGAGGAAGCUGCCCCACACGAGCUUACAGAGGAGGAGAAGCUCCAGAUCCUGCACUCUGAGGAGUUCGUUAAUUUCUUCGACCACAGCACUCGCAUCAUUGAGCGCGCUCUGUCCGAGCACGUGGACGUCUUGUUUGACUACAGUGGUCGUGACCUGGAGGAGAAGGAGGGGGAAAUUCAGGCAGGUGCAAAGCUUUCACUUAACAGGCAGUUCAUGGAUGAGCGCUGGUCCAAACAUCGUGUUGUCACCUGUCUGGACUGGUCUCCCCAGUACCCUGAGCUCCUAGUGGCCUCGUACAACAACAAUGAGGAGGCACCACACGAACCGGAUGGUGUGGCUUUAGUUUGGAACAUGAAGUACAAGAAAUCUACACCAGAGUAUGUCUUCCACUGUCAGUCUGCCGUUAUGUCAACAUCAUUUGCAAAAUUCCACCCGAACAUCGUCGUUGGAGGCACGUACUCUGGACAGAUUGUUCUGUGGGACAACAGGAGCAACAAGAGGACCCCGGUACAGAGGACCCCCCUGUCAGCAGCAGCACACACGCACCCGGUGUAUUGUGUAAAUGUAGUCGGUACCCAGAAUGCCAACAACCUGAUUAGCGUCUCCACGGAUGGCAAGAUAUGCUCCUGGAGUCUGGAUAUGCUCUCACAGCCACAGGACAGCAUGGAGCUCGUGUUCAAGCAGUCCAAAGCUGUAGCCGUCACCUCCAUGUCUUUCCCGCUCGGAGACGUCAACAACUUUGUGGUGGGAAGCGAGGACGGCUCCGUCUACAUGUCGUGUCGUCAUGGAAGCAAAGCCGGGAUUAAUGAGAUGUUUGAGGGUCACCAUGGCCCCAUCACAGGAAUCCACUGCCACACAGCUGCAGGGCCUCUGGACUUCUCCCACCUGUUUGUUACCUCUUCAUUCGACUGGACGGUCAAGCUGUGGAGCACCAAGAACAAUAAGCCGCUGUACUCGUUUGAAGACAGCUCUGAUUACGUGUAUGACGUCAUGUGGUCUCCCACCCACCCAGCUCUGUUUGCAUGUGUGGACGGAGUCGGUCACCUCGACCUGUGGAACCUGAACGACGACACAGAGGUACCCACCGCCAGCAUCACAGUAGAGGGUAACCCAGCCCUCAACAGGGUCAGAUGGGCUCAUUCUGGCAGAGAAAUCGCAGUGGGGGACUCUGACGGGCAAGUUCUCGUGUAUGAUGUUGGAGAGCAAACUGCUGUUCCACGAAACGACGAGUGGACUCGCUUUGUUCGCACGCUGACGGAGAUCAACGAGAACAGAGAUGACGCGGAGGAGCUGGCAGCACAGCGUCUGGCCGCAUGAGCUCAGCGCCGCUGGAUGGAACGUUUCAGGGACCAGUUCGAUGUCCGUUCUGCAUUGAUGGGAGGGAGAGAGAUGUAUUAACAUGACUGAAAGAAACCGUAUCAGAAAGAAGUAUAGACUUCUGAUGUCCAACAUUUUUCUUAGACACCUGCCUUGUCAGUUAGCUGGAACAUCACCAGUCUUCCUCAGACAUCAGGGCGACCAACCUCAGACACUAACAUUAAGCCAUAUUUACAAAAAAAGGUUUUCUUUUCUAUUCAACCAGAUGCCUUAACGUUACCCUUCAAUAUUUACAGCAUGACAGCCUUAUUUUUUUGUUUUUUCAAGCCAAAUACGUGCACCACUGCACAAACUUUUAAAAGUCAAUCAUACUGUAGCCAUUUUCUAUUUCCUGUUAUGUUCUCGUAAAACAAUCACACCCAUAAACAUCCAGGAUUGUAAAAAUCUCAUAGCUGUAGAUGAAGCUGUCAUCUCAACUCCUGUCGACUUGAUAAUGCUCACUCGUUUGUAGAAUGAUGAAAUGUCCAGAGUUUGUAUUUGUUUUAUAAUAAUCAGAGGAGCUGGAGUUAAUUUCUAAAGGACGAUGUACUGCUCUGUGUCAAAACUGAGAAUGUACUUUUCACAGUAGAAACACUUUGAAUGAUUUAUUUCAAUAAAAUACAAUAAAUACACUUAAAUUAUUCCCCAA